AUGCCUGAUCAUGACAGCACCACCCUCCUAACCAGACAGACAAAGCGCCGACGUGUCGACAUCGGGGUGAAAAGGACUGUGGGCAGCGCAAUAUUCACCCGCGCCAGAGAGACCCUGUUCGACAGCAUGAACCAAUCGCACGGCCCUGAUCAGGACGGAGACUGCUCGUUGGUCGGUCACGGCCACGGGGGAACAACCAGUGAUGGAGAGAAGUCAAAUGUUUUGAGGAAGUUGCUGAAGAGGGCCAACUCGUAUGAAGACACCAUAAUGCCUUUCCCCGGUGCUACCAUCAUCUCUCAGCUACUGAAGAAUAACAUAGGAAAGAAUGGAGGCAGUGACUCAGGUUUCCAGGGGAGUGGAGCUCUGUCCAGUGGAGGCUCAGAGAUCCAGGCCGAGGACGCCUGCAGCAACUCCUCCCGCGACCAGGACAGCCCAUCUGACUGCCUCUCUCCUGGGCCUCCUCUUCCCCCUCCAUCUUCCUCCUCCUCUUUCGGACGGCCACCGCCUCCUUCAAGCCUCAACUCCCAUGCUCCCUCUCAGCCCCUCUGCCUCUCCUCCUUUGACUUGGACAGGCUGUCGGAUGAGCACCUUCGUGCCAAACGCGCCCGCGUGGAAAACAUCAUCCGCGGCAUGAGUCACUCGCCGCAUGUCCGGCCCAACGGCAGCGACCACAACCAAGAAAGCAACCGUUCGCGGGCCGGUGUCGUCGGCAUCGGUGAAGUUUACAGGGAGAAUAAGAGAAAGCAGCGUCUGCCACAGCAGCAACACAGCUUCACCCAGCUGGUGUGUUCGAGGCAGGAGCAGAGACAGGAAGAGAGACGGCAGCUCAAACUGCAACUGGAGGACAUGCAGAAACAACUGCGCCAACUCCAGGAGAAGUUCUACCAGAUCUACGACUCAGAGACAGAGGAAGAGGAGGAGAAUGAGGAGGACGGGAACUUGUCAGAGGACAGUAUCCGCUCUGACGGCCUGGAGGAGAGGCACAGGGACAGAGGGCGCCAUAGCCAUGACGAACUGUCUGAGCUGGACCCAGGUCUGUUCCUGGACCGGGCCCGAGCCCUCCUCCGCGAACAGGCCCUGUUAGAUGGAGACAUCGAGGAAGAUGUUGAUGGCAGGGAUGAAGAGGAGCGGAAUGGAGAAAGGGUGAUGAAGAGGAGAGGCGGAGCAGCGGGAGGAAGGGGGGGAGGAGGAAGGCAGUUAGCAGAGACGCUGAAGCAGGAGCUGAACUGUGCCGUGUCGCAGGUCGUUGACACCGUCGUCAAGGGCUUCUCUUCACCCAAGCCGUCCUCUUCGUGUCCUCCACCUUUCGGCCCCCUCCCCUCCCUCACCCCGGAUUCACGCUUUGGCAGUGGUGCCCUGGCUCUCACUCUGAAUGGUGAUGGCAGUCCCACCCCUAACUACCACUCCUCAAACCCGAGGCUGCACUGCUUUGGUGAUGUAAUUGUCCCAAGCCCGCUGGAUUCAUUUGGUGGUUUGAGCGGCAGACUGAGUGGUGUACCAACGCCAAACGACCAAACAGAGGCACUGCCACUGGUGGUACGCAAAAGUGGCGGGGGAGGUGGAGGAGAGAACAUCAACCCCUCUCUUCCUCCUCCUCCUCCUCCUCACCAUCCCUCCCUGCACCCCUCUCCCCUCACAGCCUCUCUCGGGUUUAGCCCUCCAUCGUUUCGCCACCCAUUCCCUCUUCCCCUUAUGGGUUACCCCUUUCAGAGCCCCCUGGGGUCGCAUGGGGGUGGAGCUGGCUACCCCCCAGGGCCCAAGGACCACCAUCGGUCCUCCCCCGAUUCCAUGGACAUGACGCGGGAAACUGUCAGCCUCAGAACCAAAAUGGCAGCCCUCGGAGGGGGCCAUCUCAGUCACCACCACCACAGGCAGAGCUCACCGAGCCAGCAUGGGCCAGAGGGUCUGUCCCUGUCCCUCAUCAAGUCUGAGUGUGGGGACCUGCAAGACAUUGCCGACAUAUCGCCCUACUCAGGCAGCACUAUUCAGGAGGGUUUGUCUCCUAACCACCUGAAGAAAGCCAAGCUGAUGUUUUUCUACACCCGCUACCCUUCUUCUAACAUGCUCAAGAUGUACUUCUCCGACGUCAAGUUCAAUCGCUGCAUCACCUCCCAGCUGAUCAAGUGGUUCAGCAACUUCAGGGAGUUCUACUACAUCCAGAUGGAGAAGUUUGCCCGACAGGCCAUCAACGAGGGUGUAACCGCUUCGGAGGAGAUGACAGUCGGCCGCGACGCUGAGCUCUUCAGGGCACUCAACAUGCACUACAACAAGGCCAAUGACUUUGAGGUUCCAGAUCGAUUUCUGGAGGUGGCCCAGGUGACUCUUCGUGAGUUCUUCAAUGCCAUCGUGGCUGGCAAAGACGCAGACCCGUCCUGGAAGAAGGCCAUCUACAAGGUGAUCUGCAAACUUGACAGCGAGGUUCCUGAGGUCUUCAAAUCCCCCAACUGUCUACAAGAACUCCUCCACGACUGACUAGGGCGAGGGAGGAAACACGGCAAGCAAGACAAACCUCAGAGAACUGUGAGAAGACUUUAAGAAAAGGCCUCUGAAGGCGCACAGUUAGACUAGGUUAAGGUCUUCAGUGAAAUACAUUUGAAGGAGUUUGACUUUCAUAACACGAUGCAGAGACUUGAAGUUAUUCUACUUGGAGGCUUCUGGAGAGGUUUGUUGGUGGUUGUUUUUGGUCAGCCCAUCUUUUAAAGACAAAC